AUGGGUCCGCCUGAGCAGGCCACAAAGGACCUCAAAGUUGCAGAUCUUCUCUCACCAGCAACGGGCGGCUGGGAUAAGGACGUUAUCAACCGCAUUCUCCCUCAUGAAGCACCUACAAUCCUAUGCCUUAAGCCUAGCAAAACAGGAGUUCAGGACAUACACUGUUGGAUCAAGACGAAAAAUGGAGAGUACUCCACCAAGACCGGUUACUACUCAGCGCUAAACAAACAAUGGGAGCAACGACCAGCACCACCAAGCCGCCACCUCUGCAACUGGAUGAAAGAUGUCUGGACGGUCCCCCUGUCCCCGAAACUACAAAUCUUCCUAUGGAAUAUAAUGAAUGGAGCCUUACCGCUCGGAGAAAGCUUGGAGAAAAGAGGCCUGCGAGAAAACAUAGCAUGUGUUCACUGUGGAGCUAGAGAAACGGCUACACAUCUCUUCUUACAGUGCCCUUUUGCUAUGAGCGUGUGGAGCUCUGCCCCUAUACACCAGGUGAGUUCAGUCGUCUCAGCACCAGACUUCCCGACUGCGCUCAAGUUAUCAAGGAACCUAUCCAACCUACCCCCCCCCACCGGAAUGAUAAUUGGACCCCUGUUUCCUUGGAUUAUCUGGAGCAUCUGGACAGCACGGAACCUUAAAAUCUUUGAAAACAGAAGCUUCAGCCCUUCAGAGACGCUCACAAAGGCCAUAGCAGACGCCCGAGAAUGGCAAGACGCCCAACAGAUGAUACCCCCUACUCUGCCGCAGCUACAGCAACCAUCACGCCAUCCAUCAGGCCUUAAUACACGAUUUACCAUCUUCACUGAUGCAGCCUGGAGGAAAGAAUCUCUUACGGCUGGGCUAGCAUGGUCAUGCACAGAUAAUCACGGGAAUAUCGUCUUCCAAGGAAGCACACCGGAGCCAUGGGUCGAAUCAGCGCAACUGGCGGAGGGAUUGGCCAUAAGGGAGGCACUGCUACAAGCGCAGGCUCAGGGCCUCAACAACAUCACCAUUAAGUCAGACGCUCAGAUCAUCGUCCGAGCUAUCAACAACCGAGAAUCAAUCAAGGAACUCUUUGGCACUCUUCAUGACAUCCAUAGGUUAUCUUGUGAUCUCGAUGUAGUAUCUUUUAUUUUUAUUCCAAGAACUGAAAACUCCACUGCUGACGCUCUCGCUAAGAGGGCUUUGCUGAACUACUCCUUGAUGUAA